GGCCGGCCGGGGUCACCGCCCCUCAGACCUCUGCCCGAGCAGAAAAGAGUGGAGCAGGCGGCGGCUAUGCUGUGGGGCCGGUGCUGGCGUGUCGGGGCGCGGCUGCGCGGGUUGCGCGGCGGGCUCCAGGCCCCCGCCGAAAGCGGCCGGCGGGGCGUGGUCUCCUGCAUCGACCCUUCUACGGGACUAAACGAAGAGCAGAAAGAGUUCCAGAAAGUGGCCUUCGACUUUGCUGCCCGGGAGAUGGCGCCAAACAUGGCGGAGUGGGACCAGAAGGAGCUGUUCCCCGUGGACGUGAUGCGGAAGGCAGCCCAGCUGGGCUUCGGGGGGAUUUACGUACGAACAGACGUAGGAGGGUCUGGACUGUCACGGCUCGACACCUCUGUCAUCUUUGAAGCCUUGGCCACAGGCUGCACCAGCACCACAGCCUACAUAAGCAUCCACAACAUGUGUGCCUGGAUGAUUGAUACCUUUGGAAGUGAGGAACAGAGGCACAGGUUUUGCCCUCCACUCUGUACCAUGGAGAAGUUUGCUUCCUACUGCCUCACUGAACCAGGCAGUGGGAGUGAUGCCGCCUCCCUCUUGACCUCCGCCAAGCGACGAGGAGAUCAUUACGUGCUCAGUGGCUCCAAGGCCUUCAUCAGUGGUGGAGGCGAAGCAGACAUCUAUGUGGUCAUGUGCCGAACAGGAGGACCAGGCCCCAAAGGCAUCUCGUGCAUAGUUGUUGAGAAGGGGACCCCUGGCCUCAGCUUUGGCAAGAAGGAGAGAAAGGUGGGGUGGAACUCACAGCCGACCCGAGCGGUGAUCUUUGAAGACUGUGCUGUCCCCGUGGCCAACAGGAUCGGGGACGAGGGCCAGGGCUUCCUCAUUGCCAUGAGAGGACUGAACGGGGGGAGGAUCAAUGUCGCGUCCUGCUCUCUGGGCGCUGCGUAUGCUUCGGUCAUCCUCACCCGAGACCACCUCAAGGUCCGGAAGCAGUUUGGAGAGCCCCUGGCCAGUAACCAGUACCUGCAGUUCAAACUGGCGGAUAUGGUGGCCAGGCUGGUGGCCUCGCGGCUGAUGAUCCGCCACGCAGCCGUGGCUCUGCAGGAGGGGCGUGAGGACGCGGUGGCUCUGUGCUCCAUGGCCAAGCUCUUCGCCACAGACGAAUGCUUUGCGAUCUGCAACCAGGCCCUGCAGAUGCACGGGGGCUACGGCUACCUGAAGGACUGCGCAGUCCAGCAGUACAUGCGGGACUCCAGGGUCCACCAGAUCCUCGAAGGCAGCAACGAGGUGAUGCGGAUACUGAUCUCAAGAAGCCUGCUGCAGGAGUAGCCCCUGGACUGAGGCUCCGAUGGGAGGAUCAGCGUCGAGUGGUUCCGUGUGGACGGCGCUGUCACAGUGAGUCCAGGACGCGCUGGCGGGGCGGUGCUUGUCCAGGGCACCGUCACAGCGUCAGCUGGAGGGCGGCAGCUGGAGG